CCUCCGCCCGUCGCCCGGCAACCGCGGCCCGUCGCCUGGCAACCGCGGCCGGGCUCGCAAACCGCGCGCCGCAGGAUGCCGCCCACCCGGGACCCCUUCCCCUGCCCCCGCUGCGAGAACGAGGACACCUUCACGGGCCGGGCCGGGCCGAGCCAGACAGGCCCUUAUGCUGAGCCCACCCACCGGGCCCAGCAGCGGGACCCCUGGAAUCGCCUGCACAGAACAGCCACCCUGUCCAGCACCAGGAAGGAAGUCUGGUAUACGGAACCUGAGGUUCCCAGAGACAGCCUGGAUUUUAAGAUGACCUCGCUCUACAACCACCACAAGGAGCAGCUCAGAGACAAGAGCCAGACAGUCAUCCACAAGGAGACCCUCUUGGAUGACCAUGGAGCACUGAAGGGUCUCGAGCCUGUGAAGGAACCCGAGCCGCCCCCAGUGGAGCACCGUACAGCCAGGGGCCUGUCUGUGAGAUGCUGGGUCAGCCCCACAAAGGAGUCGAUUCACAGCAUCGAGGGAGCCAUCGAGUGUCCCCACACAGCUGCCACCAACAGUGGAUACUCCCGCAAGGAAAACGGCAGUUUCUUCUCUCAGUGAGGAGUUUGCUGGCUUGUGCCCUGGCUGUGCGACUCUGGACCCACUUCCAACUUGAGUGAACCUUCUUCUGUCUGCUCUGCGUGCAUUAAACCCCUCUGGUCAGCAAAGCUCAUCCAGAAAAACACAGCCAUGAACAGGGAGAGAUUUUCAUUUAA